AAGUCAACUCGUGUUGAUAUUUAGGUUAGUGGUUUUUGGAAAUGAUCUCAUGGCGAUAAUAUCUUGUUUUUACUCACUCACACUUUGUAAUUUAUAAAAUGGCUAAAACAAUUUAUUUCAGUUUACUUUUACUAGUUUUGUGCUUAAUAUAUGAAUCGUAUGGAAAUCAUCAUAUAGUUAAGCAUAUAAGAUUGCCUUCGCGUAGGAUUUCUAGCGAUAACGAUCCAUAUGUUUCAUCAUCGUCAUCAUCAUCAACAACAGGAGCAGAAGCAAAUGGAGAGGUAGCAGAUGCAGCAGCAACAUCAGAAUCAGCAGCAACAUCAUUAUCACCGUCAUCUUCUUUGAGGAAAUCAUUUAGUUUGAACAAUUCCUCAGGGUAUGGAAGAAAUCGCGGAUUAGGUCUAAAUAGUAAAUCUUUGAGUGGUAAAUAUUAUGAACAACAACCAAAUGAUAUGGAUUCAGACGAUCUAAAUAACAGACAAAUACAAAAUAGUAUGAGUUCUAAUUUCCUAAAUAAUAAAUCUCUAAGUGGUGUACACAAUAGAAACAAUGGAAUUGAUAGACAAAAUAGUAUGACUUCAGGAGUUCUAAAUAGUAAACCUCUGAACGGUCUAUACGAUAUAAACAAUCAGAAUGAUAAGACUUUAGAAAAUCUAAACAUCAGGAAAAGACAAAAUAGUUUAACUUCAGAUUUUCAAAACUUUCCAAACUCAUCAAAAACAAAAAUUAUUCCAUUACCAAGGCAUAUGGUACGACAAAAAACUUUGUCCUCAUCUUCUAAUGAAGAUAAUAGUCAACAAAUCAGUGUUGAUAAUGAUAACUCGAGUAUGAGGAUGAAUUCUAUAAAAAAACCAUUAAAUGAACAACAUAUUGUUUUCAAACAAUUUAGAAAAUGUUGUAUAGGAGGUGAUUGUCGUAUGCUACAGGACGGGGAGGAAUGUAGUAUUGACGACUAUUUCAAAAAUAUGAAAACUAAGCAACAACCAAAUAAUCCGAUGUUCAAAACUUUCAGUAAUGGAGACAAUAGUCUGAACGAUAUUAUGUUAAAAUUCAAGUCAUUUGGUCAUAGCUCAUCCAAUAACUUGGGGGGUGAUAUGGGCGAUUUUCAGGAAACGGGAAAACCAACAAUUAUGCGAUUGGGUUCAAUGAGAUAUUCGACAAUCAUUCCCUCCAUUGGUUCGAGUAAUGGUAUAGGGUCAUAUGUUAUGCCACAAAAAAGAAAACCAAUAAAUUACCCUCACUCCAAUCCUAUGGGUGUGAGUGAAGACGAAGUUAAUGAAAUCCGAAAUCAAGUCCUUCAAAAAUCUAAUUUGUAUAGAGAAAAAUAUGAGCUUGAACCAUUUACUUUGGAUGAUCAGUUGAAUAACUGUGCUCAAGACUGGGCUAAUCAAAUGGUGAAAUUGCAAAUAUUUGAUCAUAGAAAAAAUAACGUAUACGGAGAAAAUCUGUUCUUAAGUCUAAAUUUCAAUAAUUUAGGUGAACAAGCGGUCGAUUCAUGGUAUAAUGAAAUAACUAAGUUCAACAUCGCUGACGAAGAAACUGAAUUGGAUAACAAUAUUGCAACACAUCAUAUGACACAAUUACUAUGGAAAUCAUCAACUAAAAUGGGUGUUGGUGUUUCAAAAAAUUCGGAUGGUACAUACAAUGUUGUGGCAAACUACGAUCCCAUCGGAAAUGUGAGAGGUUUUUUCCAUGAAAAUUUACCCGAAAUCAAACAAGAAGACAUUGAAGAUGCGGUGGAAUCACAUAAUUCACAAACGAAAUCGGAACCAAAAUCAAUUAGUUGGUCUUCGAGUUCAAUACCUCCAUCAGAAUCAGAAUGGCAUUACGAGCCAUAUUACAAUUAGAAUUGUUAGGUAUACCUAUAUCUAACAGCAACGGAAACUUUCUAAAAUAGUUGGAACCAGAAUUAUACAUAUUAUAAUAUUAUUAAAAUAUAUAAUACCAAUUUAAAUGCAUUUAUUUAAAAUUAUAAAUUGUGAAUAUUUA